CUCUAGCAGAGAUGGAGGCCAGAAUCAAGGAGUUUGAUGAGCAACCUCUAGGUGAGCACAUCAGACCCCAUCUCCUCCGUGCCUCCAGUCUGCCACUCACAGUCCUGCUGAGACACGGCUCAGAGUCUACAGAUGACCCUGGCAGCCUCUGGAGUUCAAGGGAUCACCUUGGAGAAAGAAAUACUUCCUGUGAAGACAUUUUCUACUCUCCAAACAACCCUCAACCCCAGGACUGCUCAGUGCUGUUGAAACACCUGACAGAAACCCUUGAACGUGUGGGGGAGCUGGAGAUGGAGGUGAAGGUGAUUCCAGAACUCAGGGCUCAAAUCUCCAUUCUCCAGGAGGAAAGGGAAAGGCUCUUUCUGGGCCUGAAUUCAUCCCCAUAUCCCACUUCAAUGAAUGGAACAGCAGAGUCUCACACCUUGUCCCGCUGUGGCACCAUGGGCAUCAAAAGGCCUGAGCAUGAAGGUCAUAUCAUGUUUCCUAGACAUCACAGCAUCAGUCAACAUGACUCAAAUCCAACACACGAGUGGAGGACUAGUACAGAUCUAGACGAGCUGCUGACGGUGACAUCCCUGCAGGCUAAGGUGGCUGUGCUGGAGCAGAAGCUCCAUGAGACUGGCCUGGAGCUCCAGAGGGCACUGGGGAUGCUUAAGGGACAGCAGGAUGAAAGCAGAAGGAAAGACGAGAAAAUUGAGCACCUUAUCAGGAGUCCUGGAGUGUGGGUCCACGCAGAGAGGGUAGCAGUAGACCAGGACGGAGAUGGGACGGUGAUGAGAUCCACUGAACCAGAUUACAAUAAAGUGACCUCUUCAAGAAGCCCAGAUAAAUUAAGUGGUGGAAGAACUGUCGGUGCAAAUGGGCAAAGAAGUCAACAGCAUGACUUUGUAAUCAAUCCCAUGUCUACUGAAAGGAGUUCACUAGUGUCUGUGGAACCCAGAGAGGCUCCAGCUGAGGACGCAGCAGUGGUCAUCCACCACAUAAGGAAGAUCAAGAGACUCCUGGAGCAGCAGUGGGAGUGUCUGUGUGCAGACCAGCAUUCAGCAGAGCAGGGUGAACCUCGAAGGCACCCAGACUCCAGAGUCAGUUCCCUGCAGCAGGAGAUGAUGGAACUCGUCAACAUCCUCACUUCCUACUACACACAGCAUGGACACAGUGAUGGAGGAAGGACUCAACGUGGAGCCUUUACACUCGCUAUGAAGAAAGACAGAUGUGCCCAGACAUCAGCAAGCCUACGUUCUGGGGCUGUUAAUGAAGGCUGUAAAACAAGAGCAAGUGGAAAUGUACAUGGGCAGGGCAGCGAGAACCACAGCAUUCAUGGUGACUGGGUGCAGACCAGCCUUAGAGACAAGGCUUCUGCCCAGGCAGACCCAGAGAAGAUGGAAAGAGAGCGGGAAUUGAAGCCAGACGGGCAGAUAGUACCUGGAAAAACAGGAUCAGGGCAGACAGAUGGAGGCGUGGCGUCUGCAGAAGUCGAGGCUCCAGAGAAAACAGCCAGGAUGAAACUACAGGCCCCAGGAGAACAGAUGGAGGGGCACUCAGGCUCGGAAAUCAUCACCGGGGGCAGGGACAGUGUGAGUGCAGAGUUUAUGGCUGCCUGUCAGUUCCUCAGUGAUCACAUGGACAACAUGAACAACCCUAGUGAUGACAUGAGGAAGGCCCUGGUCGUUCUGUUUCAGCACUGGUUCAGUGCAGCAGCAGAAGAGGCUUCAGUGGCCAGCAAGGUGGCUUGGUACCUGAGAGAGGUGCAGAAAGCCACACCUCCUCUGCUGGCCUUCCUCGUCAACCUGGAAGAUGACAACAGCAACACCGUUUUGCAUUACAGCAUUUCCCACAGCAACUACGGCAUCGUCAGCCUGCUGCUGGACACAGGUGUGACUGAUGUGAACCUUCAGAACAAUGCUGGCUACACAGCAGUGAUGCUGGCUUCACUGACGGCCCCUGAUGGUCCUGGUGGCAUGGAGGUGGUCCGCAAGCUAAUGGAGCUGAGCAACGUGAACACUCGCUCCAACAAGACGGGCCAGACAGCUCUGCACUUGGCAGUGAGACACGGCCGAGUUGUGAUGGUUCGUCUGAUGCUGAGUUGUGGGGCAGACGCCAACAUCCAGGACAACCAGGGAACCACAGCCCUGAUGUUCGCAUCUGAGAGAGGUCACACGCACAUUGCAAGGUUGCUGCUGGAGAGGAGCCAGUGUGAUCUCACCUUGACUGACAAGCACGGCCGAACUGCUCUCUCCAUUGCUAUGCAAGGUUCCCACAGUGAUACGGCCGCCCUCCUGCAGGCCCACGCUAAAGCUCGAGCCCUGUAGAACUGGAAGACUAGAAAAGGACCUCCCACUAUAUGAUCCUCUCACAUGUGCUCUUUUCUGUCAAAGGCACAGCAAAGUGCCGUUUAAUGUUGGCGCUAUGUGCUUGGAUUGAGCUCUUUCCUUAAUAAUAAUAUUUCUGAAUCCUGGAUUUCUGUGCAAGCAUUAGCUUGAAUUUUAGACGGAAUUACAUCAUUUUAAGAAGACACUACGUCACCAGUGAGCGAGGUACAACUUCGAAGGAGGGUUUGUCAUGGUUGCUGAUGCAGUAUAGACUAAAUGUGCCAUUUUCUGUUGUCUUUAAUGUGUGCGACAUCCAAGUAGCAGCUUCACUCUGCAAUCUAUGCAAUGAAGAAAAUAUAUUUAUUAUUACAGUAUAUGUUUAUUGUACUGGUCCUAUGAUAAUAAAAUGUUCCAUGUCAAAUGCUCCUCUGCUUAUACAGGAAAAGUAUGCAUCACAAUUUGCAUUACUGCAGCACUUCAACACGUCAACACACAAAAUAAAAUAUAUAUGUGUGUGUGUAUAUAUAUAUAUGUGUGUGUGUGUGUAUGCAC